CCCAGAAUUUCUGGACGCGCCCCGUGGCCCCGCCUCUCGUCUCCAAUUGGUCUCUCGCUUGUCCCGUCCCCGCAGGCAAAUCUUCCCUUCUCAUUGGUAGGUGGUGAGUGUGUGGCGAAACCUGACCUAAUGGGCACUGGAGUUCGCAAAACGUGACCCGGAAGUUGGUCACGAGCAGGCGCCGUGGGCUUGUGGUCGCCUAACUCGUGCGCUGAGACUUCCGGCGUGGGAGCAGAGGUCUGAGUCUUGCGUGGGUCCUCUGUAGGGUGGGAAGCGUGGCGCUCGGUUCCUGCCUCGGGGAAGUCGUGGCGCAGAUGGGCCACGGGGUCGGCGUGGCGGCGCUUGGGACCGACUGAGGCCUAGGCGCCGGAGCCGGCCGCGCCUGGGCUGGAGCGGGGCUCCUCGGCCUGGACUAGGAGCCCCCAGCCCCGGGCUCCUGCUGGCGCCGUCCAUCCUUACAUGGGUUCAGGGCGCCUUCGUAGGCGGGCACGGCUGGUUUCGGGCUAAGGCGCUCUGGAGACCUGACGAUGGCGUCGGGCCCGGUCUCCCAGGAACGGGAAGGGCUCCUGAUAGUGAAGCUGGAGGAGGACUGCGCCUGGAGCCAGGAGCUGCCCCCGCCUGACCCAGGGCCGAGCCCCGAGGCCUCCCACUUGCGCUUCAGACGGUUCCGCUUCCAAGAGGCAGCUGGUCCCCGGGAAGCCCUCAGCCGGCUCCAAGAGCUUUGCCAUGGGUGGCUUCGGCCUGAGAUGCGCACGAAGGAGCAGAUCUUGGAGCUGCUGGUGCUGGAGCAGUUCCUGACCAUCCUGCCCCAGGAGAUCCAGAGCAGGGUGCAGGAGCUGCAUCCGGAGAGCGGCGAAGAAGCGGUGACCCUUGUGGAGGAUAUGCAGAGAGAGCUUGGGAGACUGAGACAACAGGUCACAAACCAUGGGCGGGGAACAGAAGUGCUUUUGGAGGAGCCUUUGCCUCUGGAAACAGCACGAGAGUCACCGAGCUUCAAGCUGGAGCCAAUGGAGACUGAGCGAAGCCCUGGCCCCAGGCUGCAGGAGCUGCUAGGCCCCAGCCCCCAAAGGGACCCCCAGGCUGUAAAGGAGAGGGGGAACGUGGAAGACAAGGAGAUGACUGGGCCCCAGUUGCCUGAGAGCUUAGAGGACGUGGCAAUGUACAUCUCCCAGGAGGAGUGGGGGCAUCAGGAUCCUAGUAAGAGGGCCCUCUCCAGGGACACGGUGCAGGAGAGUUAUGAGAAUGUGGACUCAUUGGAGUCUCACAUUCCCAGUCAGGAGGUCCCAGGCACCCAGGUGGGACAAGGAGGAAAGCUAUGGGAUCCCAGUGUCCAGAGCUGCAAGGAGGGCCUGAGCCCCAGAGGCCCAGCUCCAGGAGAAGAGAAAUUUGAGAACCUGGAAGGUGUUCCGUCUGUGUCCUCUGAGAACAUCCACCCUCAGGUGCUGCUUCCUGACCAGGCCCGAGGGGAGGUACCCUGGAGUCCUGAGCUGGGAAGACCUCGUGACCGGCCGCAAGGGGAUUGGGCGCCUCCCCCAGAGGGUGGAAUGGAGCAGGCCUUGGCAGGAGCCUCAAGUGGCAGAGAACUGGGGCGACCAAAGGAACUGCAGCCAAAGAAACUCCAUUUAUGUCCCUUGUGUGGCAAAAAUUUCUCAAACAACUCAAACCUAAUUAGGCACCAGAGAAUACAUGCAGCUGAAAGACUGUGUAUGGGUGUGGACUGCAGUGAAAUCUUUGGUGGGAACUCACGUUUCCUGUCACUACACAGAGCACACCUGGGAGAGGAGGCCCACAAGUGCCUUGAAUGUGGGAAAUGCUUCAGUCAGAACACCCAUCUGACUCGCCACCAGCGCACCCACACGGGUGAGAAGCCCUAUCAGUGCAACAUUUGUGGAAAAUGUUUCUCCUGCAACUCCAACCUCCACAGGCACCAGAGAACACACACGGGGGAGAAGCCCUACAAGUGCCCUGAGUGUGGGGAGAUCUUUGCUCACAGUUCCAACCUCCUUCGGCACCAGAGAAUUCACACUGGAGAGCGACCUUAUAAGUGUCCUGAGUGUGGGAAAAGUUUCUCUCGGAGUUCACACCUCGUCAUUCACGAAAGAACUCAUGAGAGAGAGAGACUUUACCCCUUCUCUGAGUGUGGGGAAGCUGUGAGUGACAGCACCCCCUUUCUUACAAACCAUGGAGCCCACAAGGCAGAGAAGAAGCUCUUUGAAUGUUUGACUUGUGGGAAAAGCUUCCGGCAGGGCAUGCACCUCACCAGACAUCAGAGAACACACACAGGAGAGAAACCGUAUAAAUGUACCCUUUGUGGGGAAAACUUCUCUCAUAGAUCCAAUUUAAUCAGGCACCAGAGAAUCCACACAGGAGAAAAACCCUAUACCUGUCAUGAGUGUGGAGACAGUUUCUCCCACAGCUCCAAUCGGAUUCGCCACCUGAGAACGCAUACGGGAGAGAGACCCUAUAAAUGUUCUGAAUGUGGAGAAAGCUUCUCUCGGAGUUCCCGUCUUAUGAGUCAUCAGAGAACUCACACAGGUUAGUAACAGCGGGGUUUCUCUUUGCCACAGGUGAGGUGGCAUAUUCAGAGGGGCCUGUUGGCAAGAGCUGGUAUUCCCUGCCCAGCCGACCAAAUGACCUCUGCAUUCUUCAGGUAAUGGGGGCUCAUUGUGAGGGAGGUGCAGAGGCAGCAGAGGAUUGGCAUGAAACUGAAAAGGAGUUCUGUCUGCAUGAGAAAGGAUGGCAAGUCUCUGAGGUGACCUCAGGGUGGAAUUCUCUGUUAAGUCCACCCUGCCUCAGGGUGCUUCUACCCUCUUGGUCUUUUUAAAGCCAAGGUGUGAUUUGGGUGCCUGACUGUCCAGUUUACCUUAACAAGUUUGGGAAUCCAUGUGAUGUUUUUGAUACUUCUUCCUCAUUUGGGACAUUCAGUAGGAGCAUUUGGGCUUCCGGGACCCCUGAGACCAAAGAAGAGGGGCCAAGUGCCCUGGGAAAUCAGCUGAAGGUCAACAAAAGACUGGUUUUGAGUUGCAGCUGUCCCGAAGGCCCCAGUUGGGAAGCCAUGGGCAGUCCAGAUCAAGCCACCACGUGCCCUACGAUUGCCUAACAGGAGUGCCCAUUGGCAGAUCACACAUACAAAUGUGACCUCAGACAAAAAGGAACCAGAGGCCCAAGGGCAAUAAUAAGGUGGAAUUUGCAGGUCAGCCCAAGAAUUGGCAGAGGAAGUAGGUGUCUGAUUACCCUUUGUGGAGAAUGAGAUUCCCCCAACCUGUGUGAGAAAAAUAAACAGCUCUGGAGUCUUCUUCCUGACUCCAGAGGAACAAGAGCAUUCCAGGAAAGAGAGAUUCCCUGGAAAAUUGAAAAUGUGAAUCCUAGGGGGAAAUUGGGGAUUGUGUCUUUCCCUGUUGAAAAUGUUUGGAUGGGAAUAAAUAUCUUCAGGAAACAUAAA